ACGUGAGGUCAGUGUUCUCUACGACUUCGUACAGUCAAGAUCGUCUCUCGUUGUUUAUUACUUGCAGUACGAGCCCGAACGUUACGUACCGAGGAAGAUGAGUCUCCAGUACGGGACCACUCAUCACUCCGCCCCGGGGCCGAUCAGCGUGCCUGCGAUGUACCCAACGGCGCCGAUCCAGCAUCACCCGACUCCGUUCUUCAUCGAUGACAUACUCGGCACUCGAGCGGCAACAACCACCGUCACCCCCGUCCACCCUACCCCUGUGACACCGACCGCCAUCUCUCCGUUGUCGGCCUACGCUCGGACUCCGUUCUACGAUCACCAUGCGCUGCACUCGGCGCUACAGUCCGGCUUCACCGCCGCCCAGCACCUGACGCCCUACGGUCACGCCGGCUUCGCUUCCCCGCUGUACCCCUUCCCACGACACGCUGACUACCCUCACAGUCUCCUAGACAGACACGGUGUUCUAAAAGUUGGAGGAAAGCCACUCUUGUGGAACCCGUUUCUUCACCGUCCCCUGCACAAGAGGAAAGGCGGACAAGUUCGCUUCUCCAACGACCAGACCCUGGAGUUAGAAAAGAAGUUCGAGUCCCAGAAAUACCUGUCCCCGCCAGAGAGGAAGAGACUGGCUAAAUCUCUACAACUCACCGAAAGACAAGUCAAGACUUGGUUCCAGAACAGACGUGCCAAGUGGAGGCGGCUCAAGCAGGAGGUGCCAUCUUGCAAGUCUGACAGCGGAGAAAGCGACAAGAAGACAGACGAUAAGCGUGAUGACCACGUGACCAGAGAGGACGAAUCAGGCUGCUCCGAUUCCGAGAGCGAGGCCGACCACACCGACAGCGAGGCUGAGCAUGCGCACAGCACGCAGAACGAAGACGUAGAAAUCCAAGUUGACGAUGACGUCAUCAGAGACAGUAGACCAAUGAUGGACAAGAAGCAGAGUUCAUAGCUUCUUUUUUUAUAGAAAAAAUAGUAGAGACGAUAACUUUCGUGACGUAACUAUCAGGUGGCCUUCACGUGGCUGAACUCUACGCAUGUCCAAACAGAGGGAACUCUAGACUUCAAAACGACAUUCCAGCUACAUAUUGUCAAAGAAAGAAAGGGGUCAAUACAUAAAAAUACAAAACAGGUCAGUUUAUUUUAGGUAUCAGUUUAGUAUAUAAUUUGAUGAACAACUUGUUGACCUUCGUUUGCUAUUCUUUUUCAACUAAGUUUUGUUCCAAGCGACAUUGAAAGUUUAAACGUCAUAGAGUAUGUUGAGUUCAGUUCAAGAUAGCAAACGUAUAGCUGGAUCAAAAAAAGGCGUCGGCGACGCCACAAAACUGUAUGGUUCUAUCCUUGCAUUCGACAUGCACAGAUGUGUAAAAUAGAUAUAUUUAUUUUUUGAGACUUGCGAACACAUUCUUGUUUGUUCGUUUCUCUGUUUGUUUGUUCUUAUUGUAAAUAAUUCGGUUGUUUUAAAGAGUACAUAUCGUCGCCAAAAAUGGGGACAAAUUAAUGUUAUCGACGAGCAUGAUUGUGACUUAGUGAGAAUAACUUUGGUGCCACGAAGAAUCAAGUUUACUUUCAUCAGGUACUAUAUAUAGAUAGGUACGACCCGAGCAAGUUGUCGGGUAACGAACUUUUCCGAUGAUUGCCGAUUAUUGCUUACGAAUAAAGACGAAAACCGAAGGUGGCUUAGCCCAACGGCUCUUCCAUUCAACUGAG